AUGGAGCCAACAAACGCGCCAGCAAAGUGGAUGUGUUCCUUUGCAAUGUCCAGACAAUUCGUACUAAGACUCUUAAAGCUACUGGACCGAAGGAACCUCACGACCAUGUGCAGCCGGCAAACGCACGAAAAUGGAGAGCUGGCCGGCAUUUCACCCUCCACUCAGCAGUUGCUCUCAACUGGAAUAUCGGGAUUAUGGAUGGUGCAGAAAGCUCACCAUUUUGUGGAUUCUUCUGAAUAG